AUGUUACACGUGCUUUUUGCGUCUUUUUUGUCAAACGCUGUCGCCCACGAGCUCGGAGGUUUUUUUUUCUCUUAUAUAUUUCUCUUAUAUAGGUCGCUGUCUUAUAUCUCUCUUAGAUAGGUCGCUGAUAAUUGCUUUUUCUUCAAUGAGCUUGUAAAAAGUUUUCGGGUGAAAGCAUAGAGAUGACUCAAGUUUGAAAGUCAUAAUGGAGUUUUUCAAACUAGGAAGUUGUUUCUUUCUAUCUAAUCAGCGUGAAUCUCUUCAAGGAGUAGUGUGUCGUCUUCCGAAAAAUGUUGGCUACACGUGCGGAGUGACGUCUCCUCACUCGGCUUUCUACUUUGACGCCGACAUUGGUGAAUGUCUCGAGUUCAUCUUUGAGGGCUGUGGAGGCAACCAGAACCGUUUUGGAACCAAAGAAGAUUGCAUCGAAGGAUGCAGGAGCCUGAGUUUUGAGUUGCAUAGAGCUUAUGCCAUAGAGAAGUUGAGUUGCAGCUCUUUGUGGCGUGGGGAUGCCGUUGAUGGAUUUUGCCGGCAACAUUAAACGCUGUGACGGCGACCGCGUGCCGUGUCCAGGCUCGCACACUUGCGUCGGCUCAGGGAUGUCCAGCGUUUGCUGCCAGAAAGCCGGUACUUGUUGCUUACAAGGAAGCUCACUUCACUCGGAGCUUGAAUAAUUUUCUGUUACUUGGCCAUUUUUUUGAUGUACGGGAAUAAUACUGUGAAAGCUUUUGCCUGUCAAACUUGCUAGUUUUAGAGAUCGGAAACCUCAAAGUUCCAGCCGAUCGCAUAACUUUGAAGUUCGAUUGAAGUUAAAUUUUUUCAACUUUUCAACCAACUUUUUACAUUGAAAUUUUCCAAGAUAGGAUUUGCCAGUCCAACGUACACGGCGGAACUCCUUGCGGCGUUCCUGCGACAACAAGGUUGGUCCCUACGCUCAGCUUUUCUUCAACCGAGUUAAAGACACUACUUCGACUUCUCGUCCAAGACGUGUCGGCCAUUCGCAUUCACCGGCUGCGGCGGAAACGACAACAACUUCAAAACAAAGGGAUUAUGCAUGCAGUUUUGCAACUCGGAAGUAAUCUGUCCGCGUGGAGAGCCUCACGCCGACCGUUACUCGAUCAGCCACAUUGCCUCGUGCAUGCAAAACUCCCAUUGUCCAGGCAACUACACCUGCACCUCCAGACUCGGCCUCAAGAAAGGAGCCUGCUGUCCCAGCAAAGGUGAGAUCCGAAACGAAGCACUUCUCCGAGUUUUACCCAGAGUUUGUGUGUGGAUCUCCGUUCGAGGUGCGGAGCAGCUGUCGUCGGCCUUUGAAGGAGUCGACGUGGUGGUUCGACUUUCGCAAAGGGGAAUGCUUUAAGGUUACAUGAAACUGUUACCCGAAAAUAUUUCCUCAUCCGGUUUUGUCUAGGAGCUCUACAUCUCCUCUAAUCCAAAAAAUUUCGAAAAAGGAAUUUUCGUUGAUGGAUUUGAGGGUAUUUGCAUACUUUUGUUGUGCACUGAAGAGAAAAAUUAAAUCAGAAAAAUUGUGAAAACUUUAAAAACCAGAAAAAUCAAUAACUGCUUUCUCGGUAAACAUAAUAUCGAAUGUAAAGGGUUCAACCAGUGCCCCUCCCUCUAAUUUUCAAUGAAGUGCAUUCGCACUCAGCUAGCAACCGGUGUGCACACCGGCAGCACACUUCCAAACUCUGGCUUCAAUCACAAUUUAUCAUUGCAAUAAGAUUCAAGUGCACACAAGUAGUAUGAAAAUAGCAGAAAAUCAGACUCUGAGUGCACUUUGUUGAUCAUUAAAUAGUAAUCGCCGAUUGGAUUCAAAAGUGCACUUUAUUGAUUCUUUGUGUGCACUCGCCAAUUGACCAGUGUAGGAGCUUCAGACGGAACACGCGGCUUGCGACGAGCACUUCAAUUCUUUCGCUAACCAGGAACAAUGUACUGACUACUGCAUAGGUGGGUGAAACCAGAUUCUAAAAACUUCGAGUUGUCAGUGGUAAAAAAAGAGCCGGUUGUGCGAGUUUUAUUUUUGAGGAUUAUAAUUUAGUACGAAGAAGUGAAGAGCAUUACUUAAAAAAUUUCCAAAAAAAAGCUUCUAAUCAGGGAAAGGAAAAACAGUUGGGUAUUCAGGAACGUGUCCUAACGAUCUCGAAGUGCACUUUAAUCCACGAAAUGGCCAGCCUCAGCUCUGUGACGCGAAAAAAAACGAAGGAUGUCCUCUCGGUUACGAAUGCGUCAAAAGGUUCUCGAAAAAGUUUCAAUUAAAACAAUCUUUGCAGCUCCCCUUAUGCAGCUAUUUGCUGUAAAACCAACCCGGUGUGUCCAGCUGCCGAGUCGAUAGCACUGGUCAAAGUGAAAUAUUUCUUUUUUUUUCUCAAAACCACAUGAGUCUCAGGAGGAAGGAGUGAUUCGGUGCGACCCCGACGAUUAUCAGUCUUGCCCAUCGCAAUACUCCUGUCAGCAGGCGAAAAAUCUAGUGAGAACGCCUCUCAAACACUUUUCCAUAUCUUUCAUCAUCGUCAUCAUUCCAUAUCUUUGAGGAAAACAUUUGCUGUACACUGCCGCUGGAGUGUCCUACAGGAAUGGUUGCACUGAGAGAAGACGGUGAGACCUUUUCUGUCAGUUUCCAAGCAUUGAGCUUCAUUCUUGUUUCUCCUAGGAGGUCGACCUCGAGCGUGCUCAAUCGGCGUGGAUGGAAACUGUCCGUACGAUCACAUGUGUGUCCAAGGAGAAGGUUUGAUGCUGAAACCAAUUUUCUCUUCUAAAAGGCUUCAGGAUCGGCAUCCAUCGGCGGAGCACGGCAUCUGUGCUGCAAGCCGCAGAAGAAAUGUGUCGUUCCGUACGUCAAUAUUGACUCAAAACGUCCACAGCGUUGCUUCCCAGGCAAGAAAAACAGUUAAUAAGCAAUAUAAGAAGGCUUUCCAGGGGACAAGACCUGUCCAACUUCCACCUUGUGCUUGCCUGCGCUGGAAGACGCCGCCAACAUAACAAAUGCCAUCGACGUCAUGUUUUUCUGCUGUCAUACAGUACACGUCUACACUUGCUCUGAUGGGAGCAUGCCUGUCGUUGACGAAACUACUAACAAACCUGCCAAGUACGGCAAAAAAGGGAAAGAGCCUUAAUCUGACUCGUCCACUACAGAUGUCUGGCGUCGAAUCCUUUCUCGUGUCCAAGCGAGCACGUUUGCUCUUCGCUGCUCGACGGCACUUGGGCCUGUUGUCCCAACUCGGCGGCUACCAACUUUUGUGUCGAAGCUCUUCUCGCGGACGACGGAGCGCCGGUGACUUGCAAGGUGAAUAUCUUUCGAUUCUUUUUCAUUGCUCUUUUCCAUCAGGGCUGGGACGACAACAGCUGUCCCAGAGGCAAAUGUCGAAAGGCGGUCGAUGGCCUUUACUACUGCUGCAAAACGUAUUCUAUUGAAAACGUGCCUCAAAUUGGUCUGACGACGUCGCCUGAAACCGAACAAAGGUCGGAGAGAAGCGACUCGGAAAGCUUCUCACACGUGGGAAACUUUUUGAGAAGAGCUGCUGCCAGCCUCGGCAUCCAGUACACGCCUCCGAGGCGGCGAGGCCGACCUCCGUAUUUGCAGGGAAUACGGCGGAUUCACUUACGGAGACCUCUCUUAUAGACUGCUCUGA